AUGACUGGUGUUUCUACCGAAGCCGAUACAGAUAUGGAAGAAGGAGAAACUUCAUUAGUAGAGAAUUACAAAAAACUAUCAAUAAUAACAAGAGAUACAGAAACAAUUCAUGAUCAGCUUGUUCAAACAGAUUCCCAGAUGUUUCGAUGUCAUCAUCAAAAUUCAACUCUUUUUGAAGAAUUGAAUAAUAAGCAGAGAACAAAUUCAUUAGAAAAAAGUUAUCUUGAUACAAUAUCACUUAAUCAAAAUGUUUUGAGACAAGAUAUCACAAUGCUCAAACAACAAGUUGAAGAUGAAAGUCAAAUAAGAAAAGAUGGACCCGAUGGUACGAUAGUUUGGAAAAUAUUUAAUGUUCGUGAAAAGAUAUAUGAUGCUCAAUCCGAAAGACAAACAAGUAUUUACUCUCCUGCUUUCUACACAUCAGAUAACGGAUAUAAACUAUGCGUUCGGCUUUAUCUUAAUGGUGAUGGUUCAGCACGAGGUUCUCAUAUAUCAAUUUUCCUAGUAAUUCUUCGUGGUCUCUAUGAUGCAUUGUUGAAUUGGCCAUUUUCUUAUCGCGUAUCGUUUUGCCUUUUUGACCAGCGAACCAUGAUUGAAACAAAUGGAACAACACAACCUAAACAUAUUAUUGAUAGCUUUCGACCUGAUACUACUAGUAUAAGUUUUAAACGACCAUGUUCAGCAAUGAAUAUUGCAUCAGGCAUUCCAAAAUUUUUUUCUCUAGCCGAAUUUAAUAAAUCUGCAAAUGAAAAUUUAUACGUUGUAAAUGAUACACUAUUUAUAAAAGCUUUGAUUGAUUUUGAAGGAAUACCUCGAUCAAUGCUUCCUUUUAUUUUCAAUCUGAAUAUUGCUUUGCCUGUACACAUACAGCAACAUCUUAUCUCGGAAGAAAGAAAACGACGCCAAGAACAAAAUAUUAAAUGA